GGGAGAGAGCCGUCGGGAGAGAUAUUUUAGUCUUUGGACUCUGUUCAAAAGGAUACGGGUUUAGAUCCAUGCCCUGACAAAAGCUAGCCCGAAAAUGGGGGCACUCCCUGCACCGGGAGGGUUUAUCAGAAGUAUCAGAAACCGCCCACUCUAGAGAGAGAGAGAGAGAGAGAGAAGGAAAUGGCGGACGCAGGUCAGGUAGGUGACAAAGCAAAUGGGAAGAGCAAGAAGAGGAAGCCACGUUAUCUCCCUCACAACAAGCCGGUGAAGAAAGGACUGUACCCUCUGCGUCCGGGAGUGGAGGGAUUCUUCCUCACGUGUGACGGUGGCCGAGAGCGCCAAGCCACCAGGGAGGCGCUGGCUCUUGUCGACCGGUUUUUUGAGGAACUAGUUGACGGGAAAGGUUCAGAUGAGAAGAGCAGUACAAUCACUAGUAAACCUUUGAACAAAAAAAUCCUGUUUAACGACUCUGAUUCAUCUGGGAGUGACGAAGAACCUGAAUCUCAUGAAGAGGAAGAGAAUAUAGAAAAUCACAAUGAGGAUACAGAUGAAAAGCUAGCUAAGAAACAGCGGUUGGAUGGUGACAUGAAAAAGCAUGAUACAACAGCACAUUCAGAUGCAAGAGAGUGCAUGGAUGCUGAUAAAAAGGAGUAUGGGAAUACAGAGCAUUUGGAUGCUGAUACAAAAAAAGAUGACACAACAGAGCGUGUGGAUGCUGAUAGGGAAAAGGAUGACACAGCAGAGCACUUGGAAGCUGAUACAAAAAAGGAUGACACAGCAGAAGGUGUGGAUGCUGAUAGAAAAAAGGAUGACUCAACAGAAUCUAACAAGGCUGAACAAAAGAGUACAGAUGAGCAACAAGAAGAUGAAUUUGCAGAAUUAUAUGAUAGGAGUAAGAGACGUUUUGCAAGUCUCGAUUCAGGCUGUAAUGGGAUUAUCUUCGUCCGGAUGAAUAAAUCCUCUGGAGAUCCUGGUCCAACCAAGAUUGUAGAACAUUUGAUGACAACAGCUGCUUCUACAAGGAAACACAUGUCUAGGUUCAUCUUGCGGUUAUUACCAGUUGAACUAACAUGCUAUGCAUCUGAGGAAGAAAUUUCUGAGGCAAUUAAACCACUAGUUUCCCAACACUUUCCAGCUGAAGGUGCAUCACAAAAGUUUGCAGUAUUAUAUGAUGCCCGUGCAAACACUGGAAUUGAACGGUCAAAAAUCAUAGAUGUAGUUGCCAAAUCUGUUCCCAAGCCACAUAAGGUGGAUCUCAGCAAUCCAGAUAAGACCAUUGUCGUGCAGAUUGUCAAGACUGUCUGCUUAAUAGGUGUGGUCCAAAGGUACAAGGAACUUGCCAAAUACAAUCUCCGGCAGCUGACCUCCUCCAAGUCUUGACUCUAAUGGCUUCAUACAGGCAAAAUAAGCUAGCCCUUUUUUCCACAUUUUACCUUGUUCCAUGUUAUGUGGACGUGUCCUUAUACGCCAAUAUUUCGAAUGAAGUGCAGAGGCUUGAGUGUUCGCCAGUUGUCUGUUUAAAAAUUUUUCAUUUUGAAUAGAUUAAAGUUAUGUUUUUGUCUCGCUUUAUUUAUCUUUGCCUUCAUGGAUAAGUUGUAGUAGUACACUGAUCCCAUAAUAAACAGUCCACACUAAUAUCUCCAUGAGUUUAAUGCAA